AUACGCCCGCAAUACUGCGUUCUGGGGGGCAUCAAUAAUCGUUCGCAAUAUGCAGAUUCACCGGUCGUCAAGCAGGAGCCCACCUCACCCUUUGAACAACUAAGAAAGGGAUAUAACAACAACAAGCGACCGGCGCAGACUAGUUUGCUGUCGCCGCCUUCAAAGAAACCCAGCUUGGAGGAGGUGAAGGAGUUUGCCGAACAGCAGCGUAUGCGCAAACAAAUUGCUGCCGAAUUCGGUGAUCAUGGCGAUACGGAAUAUGACAACAUGAUGCUGUAUGACGAUGUGCAUACGGGCGAUGAUGAUGACGAUGAUGUGCCACCACAGCCGUCGACAUCAAAGCAGCAGCAACAACAAACACAACAGCAGCAACAGGCAGUGCAGUCAGGCACACAGACACAGAUGGAGCAUGGCACCACAACCAUCAUACUCAAACAAGAUUCGCCCAGCCAAACGCCCACAAUCAUUGUGAAGGACUCGUCGAACACAAAGCUCAAUCACACGAAAAUCAUAGCUGAAGUGUUGCGUCAAUAUCCGCACAUUGUGAAGGGCCACAAAAACAUCAAACUGAAAAUAAUGCCCAACAGUCCGGUGCAGGAGAAAUCCGCUGCAACUGUGAAGCGUGGCUCGCCAGCACCUGCCCCAACAGCAGCAGCAACGUCAUCAGGAGGUGGCGCUACGUCGCCACAUAAGAAACUACACGUUUCUUUUAAACCAGACAAACCGAUGAUAACCACGCAGCAACAACAAAAGACCACACAACAAAAAGUAGCGGCAACGCCAACUGGCGAAGCAACACAAUCCCAAACCGCAUCGCAAACCACGUCGUCCUCGUCAACGGGUGCUGCGGCGGCACAAAAGCGACGCAUCGAUAGUAAGACAAUGCAUGCGCUUAUUGCACUUGGUGCUGAGAACACCACAGGUCCUUGGCUAUGUCUACGUUGCGGUGUCAAUGGUCGACCGAUCAGCAUUCCAUCAUAUCGUGGUUUCCGUCGUCAUCUGAUCAACACACACAAAGAGACUAUUGAUCCGGCGCUGUGCGAACAUUGCGGUUGGCGUUCCGGUAACAAUCGCGAGCUGCAUUUCCAUAUGUACACCGAGCAUGAGAUCAAAUCGCUGCUCUACAACUUUGCUGAAUGUGCACUGUGCAAUCGAACGUAUUUAAGUCGCGUGGAACUUGAUCAGCACAUCAACGAGGCGCACACGGAUGAAAACAAACAGCAGUGCAUUUAUUGUAACAAGGUGUUUGCGCAGGAGCUGCAACUGUAUAGGCACAUGAAGAGCUACCACAAGGCUCAGGCGCUAGAGGAUGGCAUCAUUGAUGAAACCGAUGAGGAGUAUAUGGGGUCACAGGAUGAAGAUGAGCAUAUGGCCGAAGAAGAUGAACAAGAGGAAGAAGAGGCCGAGGAUGAGCCUAUGCAAGACGAAAAAGUGCGCAUUUUAUCCGACAUCAGCUUGCCAGCGUCAAAUGCUGUAAUCCAGCAGCAGCAACAGCAGCAAGCUUGUGACGAACAAGAACAAGAGGAGGCCGAGGAAGAAGCAGAUGCUGAUGCCGAACAAUUGUUGCAAUCCAACGAACAGGAAGUCAAGUUUGUUGGUGCCGAUGGCAACGAGGUGGAGCUAACAGAUGAACAGCGCAAGGAAAUCUUGUCACAGUUGAAUCAACAGCAGGCAGGCGCACCCAGCGGUGGUGUUGUCAUGGUACUCAGCGAGCCCGAAAAUGAAGUGAAACAGGAAACUGAUGCCAAGUCAACAGCGGGUACCGAGGAGGAAUACGACGACAGUCAAAUUUAUAGCGAAUUGGGCGCCGCCUCAAUGGAGAGUAACAGCAAAAAGAGCGAAGCUGCUGAUGAAAGUAAGGAAUCUGUGGGCAUGAGUCUUGAAUGGGCAGAAAAUUUACUAUCUAAGCACGACUUGGAAACGGAACAGAACAGCAAAGAACCAAAGCCAGAGACGCGUCGAGAUGACAUUAGUGAAAAGCUUAAAGAGUUGACGGGCGAUUGGACCGAGGAUGAGAACGAAGAUGAAGAUGAAGUGGCAAAGACUGCUGCGACUACUGAAGCUGCUGCCGCUGAUGAGCCGGAAGCUGUUUUAGAAAAAGAAUCAGCUGAGGUUGCUGAUGUUAAAGAAGCUACCGAAGAACAUGCUGAGCCAGAGGAUGACAUUGACUUGGCACUCGAAAGCUUACACAAAGGAGAAACGGAGGCCACAACUCCAGCAACAGUUGAGGAAGUUGCAAGCUCAAGCACAGCUGAAAUAAGCCAAGACGAACCAGAAACUGAACCAACUGUUAAAAGCGAUGCGGAACCGAUGGACGACGACUCAAGCGUUACUGUUAAAACAGUUACAAAAGAUGAGGAGCAAUCGACCAUUAAAAAGGAAGACGACGAAAUGGCCAUAGAAGAUACGCCACAAACAACAACGUUGGAAACUGAAGCCGCAAACGAAACCAAUGACGAGAGUCGUGUUGAAAACAAUGCUGAAACUUCAGCCACAAGCAUUGAAGAUGUCAGUCUAGAGACGGAUACUAUUCGAAAAGGUUUGCUCGAAGAAUUAAUUGCCGAAGCCGAAGCGCCUGAACCCGAUGCAACAGAUGUCAGUACACAACAAGAGGAAAAAUCUGCUGCUGAAGUGUCGCCAACUCAGCUCCCUGUUGUCGAUGGAUCAGAGGAAGAAUUGAAAGAGAAAGUGCCCAAUGAGAAUGCCAAUGUGAAGCCAACCGCGGAGACCAAUAACGAAGAAAAUGCAGAAGCAACGACGACAUUGCUGGAAGAAGCUGAAGAAACUGAGGAGAAGCCAAAUACAAGUGAUGUUGCUGAUGAUGACAUCGAUGGCAAGGCACAGCCACUGGCCACGCAGGAGAAACUAAAGAGUCUCAUGAGCGAAUGGGUAGAUGAUGAUGAGGACGAGAAUGAUGAUGAGAAUGGGGUUAGUGCUGCGGCGAAAGAGCAACUCUAAUUACUAGAUUUAUUUAUGUUUUAAGUUCGUUUUCGAUUGCCAGUGCUACAAUGCGAACGCGACCGCGACCAUUUAACAGAAUAUGUCAGCGUACGAAAUAUUGUAGUAUAGAUAUAAAUACAUAUUUAUAUGCAAGCGUGUUAUUAAUCAAAUGGCAAGCUUUAGCCUGGAUGAGUUUUUCGGUUUCGAUUGUAAAUUAAUAAUAGUUUCAAUAACGAUAAUUUGAAACUUGCACGUAAUUGAAUAGAUUUAAUACAACUUUAACAAAACCCAAGCACAGAAAAAUUGUAUAAUUUACAUAUAUUUAUAAGUCACAUAAACAAAGCAUCCAACAAUUUACAUAUUUUCGACACGCAUAUGAAUAUUUCAAGAUUAGAUUAGUAAUCGAUGCACUUGGCAAUAUGUGUGGUUUUAUUUCUGCUACGUUUUACCACCAAGAAUCCAACCUUAAAUAAACCACUAACAUUUAUAAAUAAUACAAAAUAUAUAUUUAUAUAUUCAGAAUAAAAGAAAAACCAAUCUAUAUAUUGAACAUAAUUCAUGAAUGUAUGGAUAUGUAGGUACAUAGAUGUUGUUUUAAUUGGUUAAAAACAAAUAUGAUAAAAAAAAAAACAUGUACGCAAUUACAUGUUAUCAUUUAAGAUGAUGUUUUAUGAUUGAUUAUGAUACUUAGUAUGUAAAACAAAUCAAAAA